UUUAAGCCCUAAACAGAAGUCCUCGCCCACAGACUCACCCAACCUCACACUCAUCAUUCGGGUGGAGCCCCGUUAUAAAUUCCUUCUCUCCUCCUUGACCAGCUCUUGCACGAGACAGUCAGUUCAUUCUUUCAUCUUCAGGUGACGCUCUUCAUUUUAUCCUCACAGUCACAAUGCCGUCUGAACUGGAGACAGCAAUGGAGACACUGAUCAAAGUGUUUCACCGUUAUGCGAGCAAAGACGGUGUAAAGACAUCAACUUUAAAUCGCAAAGAGCUCAAAAUGCUGAUGGAGACAGAGUUGUCCAGCUUUCUGAAGUCUCAGAAGGACCCUGCUGCGAUAGACAAGAUUAUGAGGGAUUUGGAUGCAAAUGGUGAUGGAGAGGUGAAUUUUGAAGAGUUUGUGUCUCUUGUGGUGGGCCUGUCCAUUGCCUGUGAACAACUCUACCAGAUGAACCUGAAGCAAGGGGCAGGGGGUGUCAAAAAGCAUUAAAAGAUGACUGUUCUGUGAUUUUGUUAAUAGAGAUUAAAAGCCACCUGACUUGAUUCGAAGUUGUUACUACAGUGUCACUUCACUGUAUGUAUGUAAAGGAGGAUGAUUUUUUAUUUUUGUUAAUUUUAUUUUCAAAUUUUUUGUAAGUUUUAACAUUAGACACAAAAGAAAUCAUCCACAGGAGUCCUGUAAGUUCCACCACAGAAAUAAACACUUUGUUUAUAAA